AUGGAGAAGGACGAGCUGCUCAAGGGGCUGUCGCUCCACGAGAAGCUGGCGUACUUCUACUGCUCGUACGUGCAUGAGGAGACUGUGGACCCUGAGGUGGACGGCGAUGCUGCGCGCCGCUGGGAGAAGAUCAUGGUGUCUCGCCGCAAGUCGCGCGAGCGCGUGUGCACGCUGCUGAACCAGAUGGAAAACACGUCGGCCGUGAACGUGCGCACGCUGGACAAGAGCUACCGCGCCAAGCGCGAGCUGCUGCUGCUCUCGGAGGGCACGCUGCGCUCGGCGGCGAGCAGCGGCGUGUCCUCGUCCGGGCGCGGCAGCGUCCUGGCGCAGGUGGAGAUCGCUCGGGCGAACAAUGAGCUGCUGCAGGAGUGCGGUGCCCUCUCGGUGUUCACGGAGCGACUGCAGCGCUCCAUCCACGCGUUCCGCGGACUCAACUUCCAGCACUUGGACCUGGACCAGGUGGACGCGCUCAUCACGGACCUGCAGCAAGACAUGGUGCUCGUGUACCUGCUCAUCGUCUUCAAUGCGCACAAGAAGAACGCCGUGUUCGACCGCCAGCUCAUGAUGAUCGGCAUCAUGGGGCCGUCGUACUCACUGGUAUCCAUCCUGGACUGCCUCAGCCAGCUGAACGUGCUGCCUGGCUUCCCAAUCAAGAGGCUGCUGCUGCUCUUUCACGAGUGGUUCUCGGCCGUAAUGGGCGACUUUGACGAGCUAAACGCGCUGAAACGACUGCGUCGCGAGCGGAGCGACAUCGACCCGUCUAUUCUGAAAGACGACGCUGAGGGAGUGCUGCACUGCAAGACGUUCAAGCCGUACUACGAUACGAUUCAGCUCGAUUCGCAGGACCCAUACUAUCUGCAGAAGAAGAAGUUCGCGAAGAAGCGUGAGGCCAUUCACAACAAGUAUCUGCACAAGGCCAACUACGAGCUCAAGUGCCAACAGUCUAGCGAAGCUGACCUAGCGACGGGGCCCUUAGACGCUCUGGAUGACGAGUGGGAAGAACGCGUGGAAACGCUAUACCAGCUUUUCCUUCCCUGCAUGCGCGACUACACUACGUUUCUUGGGAACCUCGUGACGCUAUCUUGCGGCAGCGCGCUCAAUGCGCGCGAUAAGAAGACAUUCUACUCCCGACGACCAUCUGGAGCCGAUCAAUACGGCAUGGCGGACUUCUCUGCUCCUGCAGGCGAGAACAGCAACGACAACUUAUUUUGGAAGUGGAUCCUACGCGAGAAGGCCAUUGUCCUCGAUGUGUCCAACCUGAUCAUUUUGUUGAUCUACAAGCACUUCCGAGCCAGUCAUGCGUGCAAGGCGGAGUACUUUAUGCAGUUUUUCUUGGAGGCCAACGUGCUUGCGACGCUCACCAAAUUCAUGAACAAGGACAUUGGCACGUACCUCCAGGUGUCCCGGCAAGAGUCAGAUGAAGCGAAAACGGGAUUUUACGCGCUUGAGAAGGAGCUGGAGAAGCGCACCAUUCGCUUUGAGGAGGAUAUGAACGAGUACUCCAUCCAGUCUACUCGGACAAUCACCAGCAUAUUGAGGAUUCUGCAAAAGCUGACCAAGAGAAAACCGAACAUUAUCAAGAAUGCUCUAUGCCGAGGACAAACAAUUGUCUGGCUAAAGUGGGUGAAGAAGUAUACGUGCUUUAGCCUGCUCACGGAGGUGUAUCUGCACGUGCGACCGGAGCUUGAUGACGAUUGGUUGCACUACGAAGACGAAGACUUGAACAAGCCGCCGUCGCAGGAUUCUGUGGAGAGGAUCAUUUUUGGCGAGAUGCAAGCGUACCACCAUAAACACUACUUCGACUCUCCAUUCGGAGGUGGCAAGCCGCUUCCCGGAGGAGCUUCGCUAGUCUGCGAAGACCGCAAGGAGCUCAGCUCCGACUUGUUCAUUGCAGAUGGCGGACGCUUGACGAAAAUGUACGGCGGCAUUAAGCUAGACCCCAUCAACUUCUGCAAGCAGUACGAGAAGUGGCUCGACGCGGAGAACCUCACUCAUGAUCCGAAGGCCGAUGCGGCACCACUUCCCAUCUCAUUUCAGUGA